GUAAAAAAUAUGAAAAUACUUUCAAAUCUUCAAAAAGCUCUAACCAGCCAAGCACAGGACAUCUCUGACAGAACCUAUGUGUACUACAUGAUCUUAGGGAUAUAAUGAUCUACCAGCUAAUUUCUUACCACGUCCUGAACUUAGUGCCUUACGCUCCUUUAAGGAUAUUCACUUGGUUCUUCUUCUUGCUUGUCUUUACAAUUAUUCUGAUAAUGAUUGAGGAAGCGAUCUCAUUCACACAGGCAUAUCACCUGGUAGUCCUAGUGGUGGUUCAAAUGCUGUUGCCAUUCGGGAUCCACAUAAAUCCAAUAUUCAUGGCUUUCUUGUAUGAAGUCUUAUUGAUACCGUUGAAAAACUACGUGUAUAAUAAUCUCGAAGAGGACUCUUUGCUACCUCUUAUCUCUAUGGGUGCGAAAGAAAGAAAAUCUAAGAAUCUAGAACUUGGAAGAGUCAUAGAACUAGCAGGCCUAGGAAUCAUGACUAUGAUAAUGAUGAGCAUCAGAGAUAGCUUUGCACCACUGUAUUUGUCUUAUAUAUCUGCUCCCUGGUGAUUCUUUCAAAGUGAAUUUCCUAUACUUUGGGUUGCCAUUUCCUUGCAUCUUUUCAACCUGAGGAAUGAUAUCCAAGGAAUACUCUCUGUGUUUAUCUGAUGCAACAUCUAUGGACUGUUGUUUGAGACUUCAAAUCUGAUUUCGAUAUUCUGGCAUGUACUAAUGUCGUGCUUGCUAGUUUUGGGACUGAAGAAAGCGAAAAUUUUAACAAUAGUUCUAUCUCUAUACGGAGGGAUGAUAUUUUUGAUAUUCUCUUUCUUCCCAAGCAUCCAAUACUCCACUACAAUGUAUGUGUUCAUGAUUAACUUUACAAUAAUUGGGGCUAUAUGAAUCACUUGGCUAAUUUAUCCACCUGAGAUCUUGAUGUAUAAGCCAUAUUACUUCCCAAGGAUAUACACGAUCGUGAUCUCUCAGUUCUUCAUAAUGGCAGUGUCCUUCUUCUAUGAGCUGACAGCUGACGAUCCUUACUCGAGGAAAGAUAUUUAUAUUCAGGGAGUCUCGUUUAUUUUUCUAUCGAUGCUGUAUUUCCUUCUACUGUUUAUAGUGGUCUAUUAUUUCUCAUACGGGUGGCUCUACAGGUCUUAUUUCGUAGACAAGAUGGCAAUCAAACUCAAGAAACAACGUAUCAGCUGCCAAGACCUCAAGGAAAUAGAACAGGCUGUAGGAAGAGAGAUUGACAUUAGUCUUAGAGAUGAAAUCGAUGAACGCAUGCAGUAUGUAGAUUGAUCUGAUUAUGACCAUCUUGAAGCACCCCAACCUUUUAUGCUAUCCAAAAUUUCUCUUGAGGAUAUUUUCUUUAGACUGUCAAUCACUUUUUCGAAAAAUCUUGGUCCUCUCGCACUUAAUUUAUAUGAUAAUUAUUACAGUGACUCGAUUUCUUCAAUGUUGAAUCCUACUGUGAUCCUGUCGAUUCUUAUACUGAACUUAAUUCUGUCCAAAUUUUCAAUUUUCUUGUAUUUCGUAACUGCUCUUCUCACAGUAAACAUGAACAACACAGGAAUAUUCAAGUUCUUCGGAAGGAUCAGUUUAAAAUUAUUCAGGUAUGAAUCACCAUACUCCAUCCUGGAAGAGAACGACAAGCCUGAGGAGAUGCCCAAGGAUGAAUACUUGAGCAAUAUAAAGCUAGAUAUGUUUUGUAAAUAUGGCCUGACCUACUUCUUGACUCUUUUUACAACCUUCUUAUAUCCGGUAUUAGGUAAAUUAUUCUUUUAUAGGCUUCUGGAGGGGUCACUAGAAGUAACUAUACACAUCUGUGAUAUUUUUAACAUUGAAAUCCAUUUUGUGAGGUAUAUUUACUAUGGAAUCAUAGAUAAUUCUGGAGAACAGAUCCUUAUGAGUGAUGUUUUACUGCUCUGUCUGAUCCUAAUACCCAUUGCUAUUGCUUUAAUAGAGUUCCUCUCAGUUCCUUCCUUGAUAAAAUGGUAUGAAUAUGAGGGAAGAGUCAUUACGUUUGGAGCGCCUUUGAUUCUACUGGUUCUCUUCAUUUACGAUAACGAAGCUAUUCUGUGAAUAGCUAUUGCAGAACUGGUUAUGAUGUUAUUUGUUCUCUGGUACAUCCUAGAGCAAGAAGAUGACAAGACUGACAGAAGGAUGACUAAGAAGUACGGAAGAAGUUGGGAAAAAGAAAAACAGGAUUAUAAAGAGAAAGCACAGAGAGAAAUGCUGAAGCAACUUGGAGGAGCCGGAUCAGCUCUUGGCAUGUUUACUAAUAGUUAA